AUGGAAAGCUCAACAUCCUCAAUGAUUUUGGAGAACGUAUGGGCCACCUUCAUUGCGCGGGAAAGCCCUUUCCCACAUUCACAACUACACGGCGAGAAGAAUAUGGGCGAUUCCAUUCUGAGCGCCAGAGAGAAUGAUGUUUCGUGUGAGACAUUGAAGGAGUCAGAUUUCAGUGAUGUUUUAGAAAGACUAGUGAGCCUCAGGCGAUGGCUAUCUGCCAACUGCGAAGCUCUUGACCUAGUCAAAGUGAAUAAGCAGUCGGAGGAGGGCCAUAUUGUGCAGCAGGAGAUCACAAAAGGAAAAUGGGUAGGUGGAUGUGUAGCGGCGGCGGAUGCUGGGAAGCGGUACAGAGGUGUACGGCGAAGGCGGUGGGGAAAAUACUCAGCAGAAAUUCGAGACACGAGGAGACAGGGUGCGCGGGUUUGGCUUGGGACGUUUCUGACGGCGGAUGAAGCAGCCAUGGCGUACGACAAAGCCGCCAUGAAAAUGAGAGGCGCUGGAGCUCACUUAAACUUCCCCUCAGAAAUGGUCGACCAAGCCCUCGCUGAAGAAUAUGGCCAAUCCAAACCUGGAAUUUUUCGUAUGUGA